ACGAGGGAAGGAAGAGGGAGCGAGAAGCAGUGGAGAAAGUGUACAGUGAGGCGAGUGGACUGAGAGAACAGGUAGACAGACUCACUGUGGAACUCAACCAGCAACAGCUCCUGCUCUCACAGACUAAAAGUGAAAAAGCUGGUUUGGAGGGGGAGGUGGGGAGUGUGAGGCUGAAGAUGGAGGCUCUGGAGAAGACACACCUAGUGGAGGUGGACAAGCUGAGGCUGCAGAUCAACACACUCACUGAUGAGAAGCAGAUAGUGCAGGAGAGUCUGGAGAUUGAGAACAUGAACUUGACAGACCAGCUGUUGCAGGCCACUGGCCAGAUGGAAGUGCUGGCUGCUCAGAGGGACUCCCUUCAGGCAGAGAAGGGACAGCUGGUGCAGAACUGCGAACAGGCCAGACACGACUACAACACUCUCACUGCACAUAACAGCACUCUAGAGGAGGACUUGAAGAAGGCGCAUGGGGCGAUGGAGAGAUUACACGAGAAGCUGGAGCAAGUAUCUUCUUAUGGGGCAGAUGAUCGGAGGACGAGUGAGGAGCAGAUUGCGGAACUGCAGUUGAAAGUAGCCGAGUUAGAAGAGAAAGCAGCGGAAUCAGAGGAUUUGAGAGGCAUCAUAGCCACGAUGGAGAAGAAGUUGGCGUCAUCAGACAACACCUUGAAGAGCUACAAGAAACUGUAUAUGGAUGAGAAGGCUAGGAGCCAACAGAGUCAACACCACCUGGCUCGUAGCCACACUUACUCACCGGACAGAGGUGUCUCGCAGAAGGAGAAUGUACUGCCUAUGCUGUCGCAUAGAAUCAAACAAGAGGCCACUGUCACUGGAGGCGAUGUGCACUAUGAGCGGCCAGUGACUCGACAGGUGGUGUCCACUUCCAACUUGAAUGAUCGUUUUGAGACGCUGCCUGCUCGGUCCAGAGUACCUCUUUCUGGCUCUUCAUCUACCACCUUCUCAACUCCUUCGAUGAAGCUGAGGAGCAGAGUGAUGGCCUCACAGAACUUCGCCGACUCAGUGCCCAACGAAGAGUCCCUCUACAAGUUCUCAGAUGUGUUGGACAUGAUCCAUCCUGACAUGGCAAGUGUGCAGACACGGAUGAGUGACCUUCAGAGACAGGAGAAUGUCCUGCCAAAGUCACUCCUAACUCUCUCCUCAUACCCCACAGACACCAUCACUUCAUCUUCCCAAUCCACCGUCGCCCAAGCAUCAACAUCCUCUCUACACUCGGCCGAGAACAAUGUCAUGUCGGGCUUAAGAAACAGACAACACCCACCCAACUCGCACCUUCGUAAUAACCUCAACUGGACCUCGACGUCAUCGUCGUCCAGCUCCUCGUCACUCUUGAGUGGCAGUGGAACCUCGACAGGAUCCGAAACUCUUGCGAGGACUGUACCUCACAUUAAUCUACCAGGAUAUGUUCCCUCUCGUGAGAUGCGGGGUCUAUCUGGCCAGACUCUGGAUUCCAGUGGUAAGAGGAGUUCCAUGAUGUGGAUCAGUGCCAAUCAGGGACCAGGAGAGGCACGUGGUCAUGGGCAGGAUGAAGACGAAGAUGAAGGGUUGAAUAGUGAAGAUAGAAUGAGUGAGAUUGAGAGGAGGAACUCGAUGUAUCCCAGACAUCUGCAGUCGUGCUACCCAAUGGAGAAUUUAACAGACAGCACAGGGUCCGCAACUCGUGCUGCGGCAUCCGGAGGAAGGAAGCGUCCAAUGCACCUGACGUCAUCCAUGGAUAUGUGCGAGGACGACAACCUGAACUCAACGGGAGUCGAGAACAACCCCCCUUCGGGGUCAACCGGGACUGCCCCUCGUGGCGCGAAGCAGGUAAAGCGGGGCAAUGUGUUGCCCGACAGAAUGAAUCACCCGCCUCUUUCUGGGUCCGACUGCCUGUUUUCGCCCGAGGCGAGAAUGACUGCAUCACCUUUCCGUUCUUGUCUGCCACCAUCUGUGAAAAAGCUGAAAAAGGGCCAUACUCCUCUGACUAUGCCCAGUCCACAGAAGUUAGUGCAAAGAGUGACAAAGGGCAGGAGGUCCAAAGUAGGCCCAAUGGACACUGUUCCGGAGAAGUCCUCGGGCUCCAAACAGGAUCAGCAGAGUAGUUCAGCUUCUGCCUCUAGUGGGGAUGGGGCCACUGGGGGAGGAGACAAGAGUGGGACAGGGGGGAGUGUGUUCAUGGAGUUCCCGAACACUCCCAAGGACAAGAAACGAAAGAAGAAGUCGGGUUUGCUCGGAUAGAAUCAAACGCAAAAUAGAAAAAUGAAGGAAAUUUGAGUGCGGUUUUGAUCUGAAGUGGCACUGAUUUGUUGUUUGAGUUGGACGGAUCAAUACCUAAUACGACUGAGGUGGUAUAAGGGGAAGAAAAUAACGAUAGAUGACUAUUGAAUCGGAACGAACCAGCAUCGUUGAUUGAAAAGGGAUUUUUAUUUGUUUUGUGGUUGUUAAAUGAAUUUCGUGUUUUAGCACUUUGCAAACUUGUUUGCGUGAUUUUUGUUAACAGAUUGUUAUUUGGUCAGAUUUUAAUUAAUCAAUAU